ACGGUCGUGGGUUUGUGGGCACAGGCACGCAGCCCCGGCAAGAAGCCACUGUUCAGCCACACCAGGAAGCGGUAGCGGAAACUUGUGUCCGGUGCUCUCCGCAAUCCGGUCGACGCCGGUCGUUUCUGGCGCUCGCGGCUCGCCAAUGGCCAAACCAACGUCGUCGUCCCAAUAGUCCCCUUGGCGUUGUUGCCACCGCCUCCUCCCGCACCGCGAUGCCACUCCUCGACACCCCCUACCUCGCCCUCCGCGUUCGCCUCCCCCGCUUCCCGACCCCCCACAAUCCCAGACCCGCCGUUGCCAUCGAAGCCCAGCACUCCUUUCCCCACGGCCUGCUCGCCCGUGCCGCGUGCCAGCCGCUCCGUCACGUCGCGGCUCCAGCGGAGGGGGAGGGGGAAGAGGUAGAGGACCUCGGCACGCCGUCGGCUGCGGCCGUGGCGGAGGCCAUCCGGCGUGCUUCGAGCGCGUCGCCGGUGCGUUUCAGGAGGGUGCACCGGGAGGAGAAUGAGAAGCUGCGAGGAGAGGGAGGCUUCACGGAGCCCAGCACCGACUUCCGGCGACUGUGCGGGGAGCAGCUCGAGAUGUUCCGGGUGGUCAUCUCCCGCGACGCCGUCCUCUCUGUGUAUGUAAGACCUGCUGGCAGUUAUAUUAUGGAUCAGCUUGAAUUACGUCGAGUUGCUUUAUAUCCUGAAACUAAUGUUUCUAAAGGAGAUACAGUGAUUCUAGUUGGUAAUUUCACCAUAUCUGCUGGACUAAGAGCAGCGGAAGCUUUUCUUGUAAAACACCAGAUGGAAAUCAUAACUGAAUUUGGAGCUGUAGUCCUUCCAAUGGUGAAACACCCAUUUGUUGUUGGUUUCCUUGUUGCGGAGCUCCCAGAACUAGUUGGAUGUACAAAGAACUCCGAGACUUCUGAUAUUCAGAUACCAUCACACUCAUUCUUAGACAAGUCAUCAGAUAUAACUCCAUAUACUAAAGGGGAAACUUGGGAUUUUCAAACUUCUGGAGACCAAGCUAAUAGUUAUGCUCAGUUAGUUACUGAAUGGAAAAAUAGUGCACUUAUGAUUUCUCGAACUUUAGCAAUGGCUUAUGUCAUGGACCAGAAAGCAUAUUUGCUUCAGCAAGCUUCCUGGCAAAACAAUAUUAGAAUGAGUGGCUUAGUAGAACAGAUUCGAGGACCCCUCGCUAAUAUAAGAGCUCUUGCAAAGAUGUUAUCAGUUCAUACAAAGAGAAAUGAGAUCUCUUAUGAUAUUGUUGAAGACGUUAUGAUCCAAGGUGAUCAUUUGAAAGAUGCUUUGCAACAGAUUCAAGAUGCAGUUUAUCUGACUAAGGUGAACAUAGUUAGGUACAAUGAGGAAACCUUAAAGAAAAUUCAGGGGUCACCUUCUUCAAGAACUCUACCACACUAUCAAUCAGAUCCUAAGAAUAGUUCACAGAAAGUUGAUUCGUUGUCAUCACAUGAUUCUGACAAUGGAGACAUGGUGAUACCCAUGCCACCUCUCUGGCUGGCCCCUCUUCAACCCCAAGACGCUAGACCAUGUGAUCUCUCUGUUGUACUGGAAGAUUUGGUUGGAGCAGCUCAACCGCUUGCUUUUAGGCAGCAACGCACUCUAGAUGUAACAGGAAUUUCACACCCGCUUCAAGUUGCUGUUGAGGAAUCUGCUUUAAGACAAGCGCUGAGUAAUCUCAUAGAGGGUGCUCUUCUACGCACUCAGCUUGGUGGCCGAGUUCAGAUAUAUGCUGGUGAAGCACCUGCAGGAGGCAUUCUCGUUGUCAUUGAUGAUGAUGGUCCUGACAUGCAAUACAUGACACAGAUGCAUUGCCUUGCUCCAUUCGGGUCAGACCUUGCGGAUGGUAUGCAUGAAGAUAAUAUGACAUGGAAUUUCAUUGCAGGAUUAACAGUUGCCCGUGAGAUACUUGAGAACUAUGGCUGUGUUUUGCGUGUGAUAUCGCCUCGGAGACCUGAUGCAAUUAUAGGGACUGGAGGUAGUCGUAUUGAGAUAUGGUUGCCAACUUCACAGACAGAACUAUCUGAGAUCACUGAAGGAGCUUAGCUGAAUUUUAGUAAUCAACGCAUGUUUAGAAGAUAAAGCAGGUCAUGUUUAAUUGGCAUGAUGGAGAUCAUACCACCUUUUCUGUUUUGGAAAUGUUCGAACGACGGCUGCAAAGUGAGCUUAUACUUCUGAUUAGAUCAGUCAUCAGUGAAGCACCAUAUGAACAUCUUUACACGCAUUCCAGUAAAGCAUGUUACCUGUGGAAAAAGCACCAUAUGAACACCUUUGGACGUUUUUGUAGCAUAAGGAACUGUAGCACGGUAUACAGUUUGUAUGGUAGAGCUAGAUACCGCACUUAUGAAAAGAAGUACUUUUUUGUUGUUUCGCAGAGCUAUGGCCUAUGGGAACUUCAUGAGUAUCAUCGAUCGCCAGAGGAAAGUUUUGGGGGUUUUAACGAUCACUUGAUCAUUUCAAACCGGCCAAUCAGUCCUCUCGAACUGGCCGGAUUGAGCAGCAGCGUAUCUGAAUAUGAUCGGAUCAUUAAUCAGGUCUCAGCGGGAAAAAAAAAAUCUAUGGGACAGGGCCUUGAAGCCAACCUCCCGAGGCCCCAUCUUGAUUCUUGCCAAUAUUUGCCACGCAUUUUAAAGCAUGGUCCACUCUAAUUUAUUCUGGUACUGUCCAAGAGCAAACUUUUUAUAGCAGAGGCGACUAUUAUCUCUAUUUUCAUACAUAUUAUAUAUCAACAAAUUAAGAGGUAACAUAUACAAUAGAUUCAUCAUCUCUCUACUUAUCUCCAUCUCAUCAUCUAAUCACCUAUGUGGUAUUGUUGACAGUUCUUAAGUACCGAUUUCGAACAUCGACUACUGUAAUAAAUAAAAGGAGAACUAACAUUUCUUACACGUAUAUCUCAGUUAUAAAAAAUGUAGUUUCACUUGUAUUGGAGAAUCUUUACUAUUUUAAAAAAGCGUAGUGUUGGUGGUGAGUCCUAAACAAUCGAAGGCUAAGAUUGCUGGAAGGAUCGUCCUGCAGAAUCAACGGUCCACGCUCCUCCGCAUUUGUUCCUGACUUCCUCUUUCUCUGCAUGACCGCAUCUAUUCCUCCGCAACGCCCCGCGCUCCUCUCGCUCGCCCGCUCUCUCCCGUCGCAGCCCCGUCCGCGCCGCCACCCCGCUGCCGCCGCCCUCGACGCCUCCAUCCAUCUCCGCCCCGACCUCCGGAUUCGUCACCCCCUGGUCCCCGUCGCACGGCGGGCGCUCACGCCACCUCCAGCCUCCGCUGCGACCUAGACGCGGCCUCUGGCGACCCGGGCGCCCUCUCUGCCCCCUCCAUCGUGCUCCUGGAGCCUUUUCUACUGCAGCCCCAUCGGCCCCCUUUUUUAUGAUGAUUUGGCUUUUUUUGCACACUGUUGGUAUUGUCAAAGCGGCCGUUCAUCUCUUUCUUUGUCACUGUGAAUUACAAGGGGAAGUCAAAGUAUGUGUAACCAAUCUGAUUGAGCAGUCAACAGGUUCCUUAAUUUGCUCUUGCUCACUGUUGUUGUAAAUGCACCUGUUUAUUUCUUUGUUUGCACCUUGAAUUAUGAGGGGAAAUCAAGGUAUCUAACCAACCUGAAUUGGACAUUAGCAGUUUCCCUGAAUUUCUUUUACUUAUUCUAUAUAAAUGCGUAGAAAGAUCCAAGUAGGUAACAGCCUCAUGGUACUGAAGAAAGAAGAAAAUGCCUGGAAGUGUGGGUUUUUUUUUUUGUGCAACAUGCUGCCUGUGAAUGCUUUUAUGAAACAUAAUUAAUUUUAUUAUAUAACUUCAUUCAACAAAAAUGCUAUGGUUCCUGCUAUUCGAAUAAUUGCCCAAAUUUAGGCUAGAUUUCCCAUGCUUCCAUAUACUACUGUUAGGCUGAUGCUUGAUUGUUUCCGGAUUUACCAAGUUUCAAUUUAAAUCUCCAUCAAAUAUUAGAGAGUCACAAUCAAGCAUAAAAGGUCAUUCGCUUGGUGAGUUUUUGAUUUUAUUAUCUCUCUGAUUCCUUGACCUGAAUUAACAUUAUUUUUUUUACAAGAAAAGAUCAUUCUCUAGGUAACAUAUAAAUAUUCUCUAUGAGUAUCUCACAUGAUCUGAAGUUACAGCUGAAACUAACAUUGUCACUGAAACAAAAUUGCAGAGUUUUUAAAUUGUCAUGGAUGCUCAUGUCUGAGUUUAAGUCGUGUGGUAACAGGUAACCACCUUUAUCCCGUGGAAUAGCAUUUGGCAUGGCCAUGCUGGUGGGUGGUAUAAAAAUCACAAAUGUCUAAAAUUUGAAAUAGCCUUUGAGGCUGAAUGAUUUGUCAAAAGGUUAUGCUCAGGUGACAAAAUUCUUUCGCAUGUCCGAUUGGGAAUCGGCUUAUGAAACGAAGCCCAUAUGGGUAAGGCAACACCUGAUUUGUUUGUUACCUAGAAUUGGUGUCUGCAUUGCAAUUAUCACAUGAAGCAUGCCUUUGAUUUUCUCAAUCUUCAAUAGCCGCAUGAAAAAGAUUUGUAUUCUAUUUUUAAUCAAUUUUUGUUACACAGGUAUGCGUUCCUUUACUAUUACUCCAUGCACAGGUAAUUUGCUUUCCAGUUAGCAGCACUAACUUUGGUUGUCCUAAUGUCCUCUUUAAUAACAAUAUUCUUCUGUACAAAUUGGUUCUUCAUUUAGAAGGUUGUUAAACGGGUAAAAUCCAUGUAAAUUCGUGAGAGUAAUAAUGUUACUCAUGUUGGCAGCUGAGCACUCUGCUAUAUAUAUUAAAUUUGGUACUGCUCAAUCUAAUCCCAUGGUAAGUAGUGAGCACCUGUUUAUGAAAUUUUUAAGAUCCCAUGCUCAUUUUAUUCCAAAUUAUAAAGCCUGUAUAUAUAAUGUGCAAGACAAUAUCCUGGCCAAGAUGAUGUUGUUGCAAGAAUGGGAGAAGGAUGAUCGGUUUAUAUAUGUCUGGCUUCUUAGUUUUUUUAACUAAGAGAUUCAACAACAGUCUCAUCUUAUUUUUGGAUCACAGUUAGCUGAAACUCUGGUAAUGAACAUAAAGGUUAAGAGAAAAAAAAAGUAUUUUAAGGCAGGUAGAGCCAUAGAGCAUUCUUUUCAGUAAAAAGAAUUAUAACAAAAAUUCAGCAUAUUUGGUACAGAACAAGCAUGGCUCCUUUGGAUCGGAUUCACUACAGGUUCCUUUAGCACAGGUGUAGAUUUAGCAAGACAAUAUUUGAAAUUUUUGUAUAGAUGAUGGACACCAAUUGAUCUGACAAGUUUGGUUCUAGGUGAUGAUUAAUCUCUUCUACAGUUUAAUUUGCUGCGUUGAUUAUUUAGUUGAUAUUUUGUUACUUUGUCAUAUCCUUGUAUGGACAACUGGAAGGGGGCUAGGAGCUGCAGACAAUGGCAUCUAUGGCAGCACAUGCAUUACUCUAACCAUAAUAACAGGAAAAUGGUUCGAAUGGUCAUAAUGCUUGUGGCUAGCGGCAGCUCAAUUGUGACCAGCAACAGUCAGGUAUUAUUGGAAGGGUCUAGCCACCAUGAUUACUUAACAAUAUCACAUUUUCUUUUUCACCGUUGCAUCGCAUGGGCACUCAACUAGUAAAGGGAAAAAUACCAAUAAUAAAUAAUGUAGUUGUAUUAGGAUUAGAGAAUUAACUUGGAUGCAGGAGUUAUACAUCAAAGUGAAGAAGAAAUGAAGCCGACAUACAAUGAAACAUACAUCCGACGAAUCACGUGCGAGCACACGGAUUGAAAAGCCCACAAGUUAGUUCAAACCGGCUCAAAGUAGGGCCAACCACUUGGGAACCGACUGAGAGGCGCACCUUGCAGCCUCUCACCAAAGGCGGUGGAGAGAGACAGUUUGCCUGGUUCGGCCAAACCAGAGGUUCGGUAGAACCCUAGCUGGCACUGACUUCAGGAAAAUUAGAUGGGUACCUCGUGUGUUACCGUGGGAUAUUUGUAUCCUACCAAAGUGGUAUUCUUGCUUUGAGGAAAUAAUAUGGAAAAGAGACAUGAAUGAUUAGUCCAAAUGGACUACAUGAAACCUUGAUAGAAAAAAAAAAAGAGGCACAUUCAGAAUUGUACA